GAGUAAGAGAGAGAAAGAGAGAGACAUUUGAGAAGGAUCAAAUGGCAACAAGCUCAACAAGACAACUACUUAGCGUUUGUUUCUUUCUUUGUUAUAUGCCUUCUCUUUCAAAUGGGAGAGUCACUCCCAAUUUCAAAAUCAGAGCAGUGAAUCUUGGAGGUUGGCUGGUUACAGAGGGAUGGAUCAAACCAUCUCUCUUUGAUGGCAUCCCCAACAAAGAUUUCUUGGAUGGAACUGAGCUGCAAUUCAAAUCAGUAACAGUGGGAAAAUACCUUUGCGCCGAACAGGGUGGAGGAACAAUCAUAGUUGCCAACAGGACCUCUGCUUCAGGCUGGGAAACAUUCAAAUUGUGGAGGAUCAAUGAGACGACCUUUCAGUUUAGAGUGUUGAACAAACAGUUUAUGGGACUAAAUUACACAACUGGAAAUGGGAUUGAUGUGGUUGCCAUCGCGAACACGUCAUCAGAAACGUUUCAGAUUGUUAGAAAUUCUGAUGACUUGAGCCGGGUUCGGAUUAAGGCACCCAAUGGGUUCUUCUUACAGGUUAAUCCCCCUCUUUGUUUUUUGUUUUUGUUUUAUUUGUUGUUAAAAAUUGAUGGAUUUCAGGAGCAUUGGAGGACAUUCAUAGUUGAAGAAGACUUCAAGUUCAUAUCAAAGAAUGGAAUAAAUGCAGUGAGAAUUCCAGUAGGGUGGUGGAUUGCCAGUGAUCCAAAACCUCCACACCCUUACAUUGGGGGAUCUUUGAAAGCCUUGGACCAUGCCUUCCUAUGGUCUAGAAACUAUGGCAUUAAGGUUAUCAUUGACCUACAUGCUGCACCAGGUUCUCAAAAUGGUUUUGAGCAUAGAGAUGGAUUUCAAGAAUGGGGAUUGUCUGAGCAAAAUAUACAACAGACAAUUAACGUUAUAGACUUCUUAACUGCCAGAUAUGCUAACAACCCAAGCCUUUAUGCUGUUGAGCUGAUCAAUGAGCCUUUAGCACCUGGAGCAUCACUAGAUAGCAUAAUCAAGUACUAUAAAGCUGGUUAUGAAAUUGUUCGAAAGUACUCCAAAACAGCUUAUGUGGUUAUGUCAAACCGGUUAGGACAAGCUGAUCCUAAAGAACUCUUUCCUCUUGCUAGUGGUUUAGAGAGGACAGUGAUUGAUGUACAUUACUACAACCUCUUCUCUAAUGUUUUUAACAACAUGACUGUCCAACAAAACAUCAACUUCAUCAACACCAACCGAACAGCUGAUUUGAAUCUGGUUACUACAUCAAAUGGGCCUCUCACUUUUGUGGGGGAAUGGGUUGCAGAAUGGAAGGUAAGUCGGGCCACGAGAGAGGAUUACCAAAAGUUUGCUGAUGCCCAAUUGCAAGUGCAUGGGCGGGCCACCUUCGGCUGGGCUUAUUGGACCCUCAAGAAUGUCAACAACCAUUGGAGUCUUCAAUGGAUGAUCCAGAAUGGUUAUAUCAAACUCUAGAUUUUAGUACUGCUUGCUUGUAAUUCUCAAUAUUUUAACCACCCUUAAAAAAAAAUAAAAAUAAAAUAAAA